CAUUAAGUCGUUUGCCUUUCUGUCAUGAUUCUGCAUUGUAUACAGGCUAGAGUAGACUUCUGAUAGUUUACUGGCAUUCAUUUCAGAGUUAGAGUAUCAAUAUUAGGAUUGGCUUUCGUGGAUGUGGCUGGAUGGACAAUAAAACUGGUAUUGGAGUAAUCAAUAGCCUAAUUACAUGUCUUUGGAUCAGCGUGGUCAGAGACACUAAGGUUAAAGAGAAAGUUUAGGUACAUGAAAUGGCAUCCAUCAUUAUGCGCAUCCUGCACUUGGGAGUUGAGAAAAAGAAGGUCAAAUACUAUGAGAACUUACAAAGGGACAUUGACCCACGAGAAACAUGGGAAACACAGGGAGAACUUGGAGAUGGGGCCUUCGGGAAGGUCUAUAAGGUGCAGAACAAGAAAAAAGGUACUGCAGCAGCUGCUAAAGUGAUCAAGGUGCGCAAUGAGGAGCAGCUUGAGGACCACAUUACUGAAAUUGACAUACUGGCAACCUGUCACCAUGACAACGUUCUUGCAUUUUUGGAUGCCACCUUCUUUGAGGGUUGGUUAUGGAUCAUGGUAGAAUUUUGUCCAGGGGGUGCACUGGAUGACAUCAUACUGGAGCUAGAGCGGGGCCUAUCAGAGCAACAGAUCAGUGAAGUGUGCUACCAGACCUUGCAGGGUCUGUCUUACCUGCAUCAACUCCACAUAAUCCACAGAGACCUAAAGGCAGGCAACAUCCUCCUCAUGUUUGAUGGACAGGUCAAAUUGGCGGACUUUGGAGUUUCUGUAAAAAACACGCACACCCUCCAGAAUAGGACCACGUACAUUGGAACACCAUACUGGAUGGCUCCAGAGGUUAUCCAGUGUGAGACAUCCAAGGAGAACCCUUAUGGCCCUGAGGCAGAUUUGUGGUCGCUGGGCAUAACGCUUAUUGAGGCAGCAGAGAUGGAGCCUCCACACCACUCCCUUACUCCCAUGAGGGUCCUGCUGAAGAUCACCAAGUCACCACCACCCACUCUUAGAAACCCACACCUAUGGUCCUAUCACUUCCAGGACUUUCUACAAAGAGUGCUACAGAAAAGCCCUGAGAUGCGUUGGGGACUUCAGCAGCUCCUAAACCACCCUUUCCCUUCCACAGGACAGACAAACCGAGCCCUCAGAGAACUUAUAGCUGAGGCUAAAGCUGAUGUCAUGGAGGAAGCUGCGUCCAUAACCGACUUCAGGGCUUCCCUUGAUGAGGUCAUGCAAGUGAAGAGCCAUGUAACAAAGACAAACUGCACUCAGCAGGAAGACAUGGACAUGGCACAUAUUUCCAAACAACCUUGCCCUGAUUACUGUAUAAAUAAUAUUGCCACCCCAAACCAAAACCAUCCUCUUACGCAAAGUAAACAUGACAAAACUGUACCAAUGAAUGAAAAUAACCAUAACAUAGUAGCAAAGACAAAAACUGCAUUCUCCUCCCUUUUGGAAGCUGGACAUUGGGAUAACACCAAAAAUAUGACAACCAAUCAGAGACCAAUGACUGGUUUGUUUGCUCAGACGGAGGCAAUUGCAACACAAGUGAGCAAAUCAAUGGAGAACUUUGGCAAAACAAAAGACAAUGCACAUAAUAAUGAAAAAAAGACUGAAAAAGUUGAAUGGCAGCAAAAAGAGUGGCUAAAAGAAGCAGUGGACUGCAGAUUCAGAUUCCUUUCCCUGAGCGAGGUUCCUAGACAUGGAGUACAGGCCAAAGAAUACCCCCAUUAUGAUAUGAAAGAAAACAAAAUACAAGUUGUGAAUGACACUGUAGACCCUCAUCAUCCCUUAGUAGAGAUGUCAUUCUGUCAACAGACAGCAUCCUGUGAUACAAAUAGUAAGGCUUUAGGUUGCAUCUGUCACUUAAUGAACACACACAGUCUAUUGAUUAUUGCCUUGGCUUUGGAAUUUCCAAGGUCACCAAAAAAGUGCCAAGGGGAUCGGUGUCUUUCAAUGCGAGACUGUUCUGAUCUGAACUUGAAUGGACUCGGAGCCAAGCACUGGAAAAUGGCCAUGGGCAGGAAGUUGAAGGAGAUGGAAUCAAGUAUCAAAGUGGAAACUACUGAAACAAGUCAAGACAAAAAGCAGGAGGAAAGUGGAAGGAUGAAGGAAACUAUAGACAAACUAUUGUUGAAAGGUAAAGAUAUAAAGCAGGAGGACAGAAGAUUUGAUGAGACAGAUGAAAACCACUCAAAUGCUGAGAUAAAAGUGGAACUAAUGGAAAAGUGUAGCUUUAGUGAACAAUACCCAGUCACAGAAAUACCAAUGAACCAAGGACUAGAAGAAGAGGACGCACAAGCCUAUAACAGGAGAGAAGCCAAAACAGAUACAAUUAAAGCAAAAAACCAGGUCAACUUUGUGUCAGACACACAGAAGAAAGAGACAGAAGUUACAAGUCUGAUACUUUCCUCUGCUCAGACUACACCCUCAGACACAAAACAGUCAAACCCAGAAUCAAAUGAAAAAUUGCACCAAAUGACAGAGUGUAAAAUCAAGAGGACCACAGAUGACAAUAUAACAUCAAAAAAUGAAGUUUCAACAAUUUUCCCACCUUGUAAGGAGUUAACCAAUAAUAGGAUGACUAUAAAGAAGACUCGAACGUUCAUGGUGGAUGGCCGGGAAGUUAGUAUAACCACAUCAAAAAUUGUUUGUGAGAGCGACAACAAAGAGCAAAUGAGGUCUGCCAGACGCCAGGAGCUGCAGGCCCUGAAAAUCCUGCAGAGGGAGGAGCAGAGAGAGCAUGCCCGGUUGGAGCAGCGACAGCAUCAACAGAGACAGAUGAUGUUUCGACAAGUUGCACAGCAAAUGAAUACUAAGAAGCAGUACUACGACGGUGAGCUGGAGAAGGUGGAGAAACAGUACCUCCAGCAGAGUAGUCGGGUGGAGGCCGAUCACACAGUCAGGUUAAGAGAAGAUGCCCGCAGACUUAAAAGCCAGCAGGAGAAAGAUCUAGGCCGCCAGGCAUCAGCACUGAGGAAUCAGCCCAUGAAGGAACAACCAUUCAUACAGAAGCAACAGCAGGAGCUAAAUGAGGCAUUACAGAAGGUAGUGCAGGAACAUAAAAGGAAGGUUGCCUUUAUGGAGAAAGAAUUUGUGAUCAAAACUCAGCAGCUUAAAAGAGAUGAGUAUGAAGCAACUGUACAGAGUACCAUUUGAGAGGAACUCUGAGAGAACGAAGGAGCUGCGCUACCAGUAUGUACAGGUAAAGAAGUAAUGUGCACUACGCUUAGUAUAUUGUGCAGUCAGUGUUAUCUAUUGUAUAUCAUUACGUAGUACCUGUUAGCAAUGGAGCAUAGAGCCCAGUUACAGUAUUGAACUUGCAGAGAACACAGAACAUGUCCAUGUAAUUUGUUGUAUGAUUCUACUGCUUACAUAACCAAUUUUGUUUACUGUUUUGUAGAGAAUAAUGGAGCUGGAGGCGAAUAAGACCCAUCACACCCUCAUUUUUGUGGAUGAAGCCGGCUUCAACCUGGCCAAAGGAAGACGGCGUGGCCGUAAUAUCGAUGGCCACCGUGCAACGGUGGAUGUCCCAGGCCAGCGCGGGGGCAACAUCACCAUAUGUGCUGCCAUUUCGGAGAAUGGUGUAGUCACCCACAUUCCCAGUCUUGGCCCAUACAAUACACAGAAGCUCCUGGUGUUCGUGGACCGCCUGCACUCCGAUUUUAUCCCUCUAAAUGAGAGGGGUUUGGUAUGGCCUCACUUGCCUACAUUUGUCAUUGUGUGGGACAAUGUAAGCUUUCACCGUGGCCCGCUAAUCAGGGCGUGGUUCACUGCCCAUCCAAGAAUGCUGAUGGUGCUCUUAUCAGCCUACUCCCCAUUCCUCAAUCCAAUCGAGGAGUUUUUUUCUGCGUGGCGGUGGGGGGGUCUAUGAGCAUCGGGCUCAAAACCAGAGGUCCCUGCUCCAGGCAAUGGAUGCUGCUUGUGGUGAUGUCACAUCAGAUCAGUGCAGGGGAUGGUUGCUGCAUGCGCAACGAUUCUUCCCCCAUUGCAUUGCAAGGGAGAACAUCAGAUGCGAUGUAGACAAAAAUCUGUGGCCAGACAGACAGGAGUGCGAGGAUGAGCAGGAGAACGAGGACGACAACUAAUAUAACUCCAGCUUUGCUUUACAGUACUUUCUUACUGUAUGUGUUGGUAGUGUAGGCUAUGCAUAAUUUCAGUUUUGAUGUGCUUAUGUAUUGUAUGACAGUAUAUUGUGCUGUACACAUUUUCUGUUAGCCAUGAUGUAUGGCAAUUACAAUAUUCUGGAAAUAAAACAUUUACUACAGUAACCAUUCAGUGUCAAAUGACUGAGCCAAGAUUGAAAUGUGUACAUGACAGGGUUUUUCUAUGGUCCACUGCCAUACUGACAAAACAUCUAAACAUUUUGACCUGCGGUGUUUACACAAUAGCAAAGGAACUUUUAAUUUUGGGGGCAGGAUUUAGUUUUGACUGAUGAGUUGUCUGUUUUAGGAGAGAGAUGACCCUUUGCAGGUGUUCCAUGGUGUUU